CUGGGAAGGGAGUUUCACAUAUCAUAUAUUUUAGCUUCUUUCUGUAAUUAUGUAUGUAAUAAACUGCUUUAUAUACACAGCAGUUCUCAUUGACUCGUCUAUAAAGAACAAAUUUCUAAGGCUGAAUGCAUCAUGUAACUAAAGGUGAGUCAACAGACGCGUUGAAAACUUACCAACACUUAAGAUGUGCUAGACAAUGGCACAGUGACCUACAUGUUUAAUGACGUCUCUGUGAGCCUCUUUUCUUGCAAACAUAAUGGGCUUCGGCAAUGGCAAUGUUCAGAAUACUGCAAGAUAUCCAUGGCCUCACAAUCUGAUCUCCCUGUGUUUCAACUUGCUCUACAAAUCCCAGAUGGGAUGUUUACAGUGUCACAUUAUUCAUAUGUCAACAGGCCUCCACACAAUCACAACCUACAAACCCACUUCGCUCAACUGCUCUUAGUGGCGUUAUCUAGGUGCUGAUAAAUUGAAGUCUUUUGAGUCUCCUUGAAAAUGAGCCAUGUGCCUGCGUUGAAGGACAGAUGUUGACAGGCCACUAUGGUGGGAAGUAACACAAAUGAAACAGGAAAUGGUCAACUUUCAGCUGACAUCAGCAGAAACAGAAAGGCCAAGGCUGGAAGUCCAAUGUAUGACGAUUGCCAGGGGGAACAACUCUCACCAGGCAGUCAUGAAGGGAGACAACCCUUGGAGGAUGAUAAUGAUGAAAUGCUCUUAGCUGGUACAGAAGAGGAACAAGGCCUGGCGAGAGAUAAUGAACAAAGUACCAAACUUGUGCAGGAUAACCAUGGGGAUGAGGAUGAUGAUGAUGAUGAUGAUGAUGAUGAUGAUGGGGAUAAAGGUGAAGUUAAAAUUGAUGUAGAAGACAAACCUUGUGAGAACUCUGAUGAUUAUGGGUUUUACAAGUGGAUUGUUGUUUUGGGAUGUUUUUUUCAACAUUUUUUAACAGGGGGGUUCGAGAGAUCAGACGGUGUGCUGUACCUUAAGCUCAUCAGCAAGUUCAACCAGAGUGCCCAAGCUACUGCCUGGGUAGGGUCUCUGGCCUCUACAAUACGUCUGAUGCUGGGCCCCCUGUCAAGUGCCUUCAGCAACCGGUUCUCCGGUCGUGUGGCCACCAUGAUCGGUGGGCUUUUCAUGACUGUUGGUGUUCUCAUCAGCGGCUUUGCUCCAAACCUCAUCUUCCUCUACUUCAGCUUUGGUGUAAUCGGAGGCAUUGGCCGCAGCUUGUCCUACGCUCCUGGUCUAGUCACUGUUGGACAGUACUUUGCCAAGAAGCCAGGAUUAGCUGUAGGACUAGCCACAUCAGGUGUUGGUGCAGGAACUUUUGUCAUACCACCGCUAGCCGACUUCUUGUUUGACGAAUUCAAUUUUAUGGGCGCUUUCCUCAUCUUGAGUGGACUGUCACUGAACUUGCUCGUGAGUGGAGCGUUGUACCGACCACUUGACCUGCAUAAGAAGAUCAUGUCAGUACAAAGAAGAAAAGAAAGAAGAACCAAGAGAGAUUCCACCAAGCAAGCCCCAUCUGAAACACAUCCUAGUGAAGAUGUAGAGUUGUUGCUCACCCACAGACAUAGAUCUAACAAAGAUACCCCAAAAGAAAUCCUUCAAGACCAGUGUACAAGAAACUAUGACGGGCACAAUUACCCCAAAACUACGGCAACAGACCAUGUUGCUACGGUAACAGACCAUGUUGCUGUGGCAACUGACCAUGUUGCUACGGUAACAAACCAUGUUGCUGUGGCAACUGACCAUGUUGCUAUGGCAACCAACCGUGUUGCUUUGGCAACAGACCAUGUUGCUCCCCUAAGAGCUCUUUCUGUUGAUAACACAAGUAGUACCAGUAAUAAAAGGCCCUGCUGGUGUGGAAUAUUUACAAAGUGUGUUCCAGAAAAAAGGGAGAAAAAGACCAAACUUUUAGAAUUGUCGCUGUUGAAAAAUCCUCCUUUCCUAAUGUUUUGUAUAAGUAUAGCAUUGUUUACUUUGUCUUUUAAAUCUGCGUUUACCUUUUUACCUGCCUUGGCAAAGUCUCAAGGAUGCACUGAAAGAGAGGCUGCGCUGCUCAUGUCAAUAAGUGGUGUUCUUGAUACCAUUGGGCGAAUUUUAACAGGAUUUGUCUUGGACUUUAAAAGCAUAAGACAAUUUCGGCCAUAUAUAUACAAUGGAGUAAUGUUCGUGAUAGCAACACUGUCCUUCGUGUGUCCAUCGUUGGAUUCAUUUUGGCAGUUCUGUGUUUUGUGUGGACUGUAUGGUGCCUUAAGCGGCGCCUACGUGUCGCAGAAGUCGGUCAUCAUAGUGGACAUUCUUGGAGUGGACAAACUUUCAAGUUCAUUCGGACUAAUGAUUUGCUUCCAAGGACUUGGGACACUGAUAGGGCCGCCGGUGUCAGGUGUGUUCAGAGAUGUGUUUGGGGACUUUACCUUGGCAUUUUACUUUGGAGGCGCCAUGAUCAUCCUGGCCGGCAUUAUUAUGAUCUUCUCCAACAUGCUGCUGGCAGCACAAAGAAGGAAGCAGGCUGAGGUGGAGGCAAAGAAGGUGUAGAUGGAACAUUGGGGGAUGUUGACAGAAUGUCAGGGUCUUGUGUUAGGAGUUUGCUUUUCAAGAAAAAUAGAAACAAUGCUACUCUAGUGCAAUUUUGAAAUGUCUUUUCAGUAAAACUAUUUAUAUUAUUAUUUUAUGGCAAAUUAUUUCUAGAUUUAGAAGACUAUAUUUGAAGAACAGAAGAGGCCUCCAGAGGCAGUGCACAGACAGGAGGACAGUGUAUGAAACUGUCUCACUGGGGCUCCUUCUCAUUUUAAAUGGAGUUGUUUGUGUGUAUAAAAAUUAUAUAUUUUCAGGUUGCCAGAUGUCAUGAAAAGAUAGGUCAUGUGCCAGAGAAAACACUAUGACUUGAAAAUGGAAACACUGUCUUUAAAAUGUAAACACUGUCUUGAAGAUGUAAACACUGUCUUAACAAUAUAACACUGUCUUUAAAAUGUAAACACUGUCUUGAAGAUGUAAACACUGUCUUAACAAUGUAACACUGUCUUUAAGAUGUAAACGCUAUGUCUUGAAUAUGUAAGCACUGUCUUGAAGAUGUAAACGCUAUGUCUUGAAUAUGCAGGCACUAUGUCCCAAAGAUGUAAACACUGUCUUGAAGAUGUAAACACUAUGUCUUGAAUAUGUAAGCACUGUCUUGGAGAUGUAAACACUAUGUCUUAAAGAGGGAAACUAUGUCUUAAUAAUGUAAACACUGUCUUGAUGAUGUAAACACUGUCUUGAUGAUGUAAACACUGUCUUGAAGAUGUAAUCACUAUGCCUAGACGAUGUUAACACUAUGUCUUGAAGAUGCUUGCACUAGCACCUACAAAUGCGAUUUUUAUAGUGCUAGCCCACUGAGAAACCAUGCCGCAGUUUAACAUGAAUACCCUACUCAGACACAGACUCCGAGCCAACCAGUCCUUGUUUUAGCCCCUUGAUGCCGAGCACCAGGCAGGGUAACGACAAGUAACGUCCUGGCAUGGUAUGCCCUGGCAAGAUCAGAGGCCCUACCACCGGACCACUGAGGGGGUCCUUUUUGUAUUGGACCAGAUAGGACAUACCGGUAGUGAUGUUGAGGAUCAUUUCCAGAGCCCCUCUUCCAAAAGAGAUCACGUAAACCAUACUACCCCUACCACUCAAAUUUCACCGUUUUAAGGACCAAGUUUAUUAUCACCUGUUCAUUUACUUUAAUUUGCUGAAUAAUGUGAUGAACAUUUUGUAUGCUUAGUGCACACUAUACUUAAGAAAAUACAGUAUAAUUGAAACUCAAUCAUGCUUUCUGUGUGUAAUGAUAUUUAUCCUCUGCAAUGCGUUUUGCAAGGGGUAUGAAAAUGGAUACAAUCAGUUAGUCAGUCCGUGCAUCCGCCCAUGUCAUGCAUGUCUUUUCCAGAGCAGAUCUUGAAAACCGUACCACAUUUCUUCAUCAUACUUGGCAUGGAUUUUGGUCUAGCAGUGAACUGGUGCCUUUUGGGAUUAAAAAAAAAUUUUUUGAGUUUCCAUGGCAACAAAAUAAAUAUAUAUCUAUCUAGUUGACAUAUUCAUGACAAGUAUUUACCAUUGUGGGGAUAUCUUGUUGUACUUAUAUUCUCGUAUUCAUAUUCGUAUUCAUGUUUUCCUGAUAUAUGUUCCAAUCUUUUUCUGGAAAAAAUACAUGUUGAUGCAUUUACUCAAGAACAUAUUUUUUUAUAAGAAUAUUAAUCACAUGCUGCUUCUCUAUGUCCCUUUAUUUCUGUACAAUUGGUUAGUUUUUUGUUUUUAUGGAUUCGACUGACUACAACCAAAUUGAAAAUAGAUUCUGUUCAAUUUUGUUUGCCUAGAAACCUAAUUUCCUAGAGCUAACCAUCUAAAACAAAAGACGUCACCACCACCCAGUUAGUGUCAAAGGGUACACAUCUAAAGAUUUUGAAUAGUUCAAAACCUUAUAAUAAUAUUCACAUAAAUAUUAUUCCUUAAAUGGUUGGUUCAUACAACCUUACCAUGUUGUGGUUGGUCAUUUUAUCCAAACCAAAAAUAUACCAUAUGUACAUGUAAGUUAGUAUAUAAACAUCGUUCAAGAGGAAGUGUCUACUCAAUUACAUAUAAACAGUGAAGCCAAAGAAGUUCUAUUCUUAGAAGUAAAAAUUAAAAUCAUAUCAAUACGAUAACUCACAAUAGAUAUGUAUGCCUUUGCUCACACACAUGAUGAGUGGUCAGGCUCAAUGACUUGGUUGCUGCAUUUCACUGUAUCCCAAUUGCGUGAAUCGAUGCUCAUGAUGCUAACACUGGAUUGUCUGGUCCAGACUUGAUUAUUUACAGACCUCCGUCAUAUAGCUGGAAUAUUGCUGAGUGUGACGUUAAACAAAAAAACAACAUACAAACUUAUCCAGUAGCCAUUAAUUUGUGUUGGCGUUUCUAGGAGAUGAGAAAGUUUCCAAGAUCCUGAAUUGUCAGGCCAUACUCUCUGCCUUCCGACUCGAGGACAAGAAACUGAAAUUUGGUUGCUACAUGUCACUGUAUCCCAAUUGCGUGAAUCGAUGCUCAUGAGGCUAACACUGGAUUGUCUGGUCCAGACUUGAUUAUUUACAGACCUCCGUCAUAUAGCUGGAAUAUUGCUGAGUGUGACGUUAAACAAAAAAACAACAUACAAACUUAUCCAGUAGCCAUUAAUUUGUGUUGGCGUUUCCAGGAGAUGAGAAAGUUUCCAAGAUCCUGAAUCGUCAGGCCAUACUCUCUGCCUUCCGACUCGAGGACAAGAAACUGCAAUUAGUCCUCACCAAACCAGCCGACAUACAGGUCUCUCUUGUUUGUUGAGCAUCUUCAACUGGGACAGACUCGAUUAUUUACAGACCUCCGUCAUAUAGCUGGAAUAUUGCUGAGUGCGGCAUUAAACAACAAACAACUACAACAACAUUAGUCCCAAAGAGGUACAUGUCAGAAAUUGCUUAGGCAGGUGAUCUUUUAAACACUUAAAACAACAGCAACUAAAACAUGUCUACAGACUUCACUGCGGGUUUUACCUUACAACAUGCUCGGUCCCUGUGAAGUCUUUGAAUACCCCCAUUGAUAUUCAUAUGGAUAGGGGGCACGGGUGGUCCAGUCGUCUGUGCAGAGUUGCGUCCCUUGGGCACGCCAGAAACCUAUGAUUGUGGGUUCGAAUCCCAGUUCGCCCCGAUUAUGUUUCUAGGUUUGUCAGCACCAU